GACGCGGAGUUUGGGAAAUUUUAAACUUAAAGGCGGGGCGGCCGGUGCUCUCAGAAGAAGGGACGCUGAACAACUGUGCCAGUUCCCUGGGAUCUAGCCUGGCAGGAUGGCGGAGGAAGGGGCUGUCGCGGUGUGCGUGCGGGUCCGGCCGCUCAACAGCAGAGAAGAAGCUCUUGGAGGAGAUACCCAAAUUUACUGGAAAACUGACAAUAAUGCUAUUUAUCAAGUUGAUGGCAGUAAAUCCUUCAAUUUUGAUCGCGUCUUUCAUAGUAAUGAAACUACUAAAAAUGUGUAUGAAGAAAUAGCAGUACCAAUCAUAGAUUCUGCCAUACAAGGCUACAAUGGUACCAUAUUUGCCUAUGGGCAGACUGCUUCAGGAAAAACAUAUACCAUGAUGGGUUCAGAGGAUUAUUUGGGAGUAAUACCCAGGGCAAUUCAUGACAUUUUCCAAAAAAUUAAAAAGUUUCCUGACAGAGAAUUUCUCUUACGCGUGUCUUACAUGGAGAUAUACAAUGAAACCAUUACAGACUUACUCUGUGACACUCAAAAAAUGAAGCCUUUAAUAAUUCGGGAAGACUUCAACAGGAAUGUAUAUGUGGCUGAUCUCACAGAAGAAGUUGUUUAUACAUCAGAAAUGGCUUUGAAGUGGAUCACAAAAGGAGAGAAGAACAGACAUUAUGGAAUUACAAAAAUGAAUCAAAGAAGCAGUCGUUCUCAUACCAUUUUUAGGAUGAUUUUGGAAAGUAGAGAGAAAGGGGAACCUUCCAAUUGUGACGGAUCCGUCAAGGUGUCCCAUUUGAAUUUGGUUGAUCUUGCAGGCAGUGAAAGAGCUGCUCAAACAGGCGCUGAAGGUGUGCGACUCAAGGAAGGCUGUAAUAUAAAUCGAAGUUUAUUUAUUUUGGGACAAGUGAUCAAGAAACUUAGCGAUGGACAAGUUGGUGGUUUCAUAAAUUACCGAGACAGUAAAUUAACACGGAUUCUCCAGAAUUCUUUGGGAGGAAAUGCAAAAACACGUAUUAUCUGCACAAUUACUCCAGUGUCUUUUGAUGAAACCCUUACUACUCUACAGUUUGCCAGCACUGCCAAAUAUAUGAAGAAUACUCCUUAUGUUAAUGAGGUAUCAAGUGAUGAAGCUCUCCUGAAAAGAUACAGAAAAGAAAUAAUGGAUCUUAAAAAACAGUUAGAGGAGGUUUCUUUAGAGACUCGAGCCCAGGCAAUGGAAAAAGACCAAUUAGCCCAACUUUUGGAAGAAAAAGAUUUGCUUCAAAAAGUACAGAUUGAGAAAAUUCAGAACUUAACGCGGAUGCUGGUGACUUCUUCUUCCCUCACAUCACAACAGGAAUUAAAGGCUAAAAGAAAACGAAGAGUCACUUGGUGUCUUGGCAAAAUUAACAAAAUGAAGGACUCAAAUUAUUUAAAUGAAUUUAAUAUGUCAGCAAAUGUAACAAAAACACAUAAGGCAGCUGUAACUAUGAUAGGAGAAAUUGAUGAAUCUAUCUCUUCAGAAUCUGAUAUUUUCAGUAACACUCUUGAUCCAUUAACAGAGGUAGAGUGGAAUCCAGCAACAAAGCUACUAAGUCAGGAAAACUUAGAAAGUGAGCUGAAUUCACUUCGUGCCAACUAUGAUAAUCUGAUAUUGGACUAUGAACAACUGAGAAGAGAAAAUGAAGAAAUGGAAUUGAAAUUAAAAGAAAAGAAUGAUUUGGAUGAAUUUGAGGCUCUAGAAAGAAAAGCAGAAAAAGAUCAGGAGAUGCAACUAAUUCAUGAAAUUUCCAACUUAAAGAAUUUAGUUAAGCACGCAGAAGUAUAUAAUCAGGAUCUUGAGAAUGAGCUAAGUUCAAAAGUAGAGUUGCUUAGAGAAAAGGAAGAACAGAUUAAGAAGCUACAGAAAUACAUAGACUGUCAGAAGUCAGAAGAUACAAAAAUGGACUUGUCAUACUCAUCGGAAAGCACUGAAGACCUAAAACAAAUGAAACAGACUCUGCUUGAUGCUGAAGGUGUAGCUCUUGAUGCCAAGAGAGAAUCCGCCUUUCUCAGAAGUGAAAAUCUAGAGCUGAAAGAGAAAAUGAAAGAACUUGCAAAUGCAUAUAAGCAAAUGGAAAAUGAUAUUCAGUUAUAUCAAAGCCAGUUGGAGGCAAAAAAGAAAAUGCAAGUUGAUCUGGAGAAAGAAUUACAAUCUUCUUUUAAUGAAAUAACAAAACUCACCUCCCUUAUAGAUGGCAAAGUUCCAAAAGAUUUGCUCUGUAAUUUGGAACUGGAAAGAAAGAUUACUGAUCUGCAGAAAGAACUGAAUAAAGAAGUUGAAGAAAAUGAAGCUUUACGUAAAGAAGUUAAUUUGCUCUCAGCAUUGAAACCUUUACCCUCAGAAUUAGAAAUAUUAAGGAAAGAGAUACAUGAUAAAUCUGAAGAGCUCUAUAUAAUAAUAUCGGAAAGAGACAAAUUGUUUUCUGAAGUAGUUCAAAAGGAGAAUAGAAUUCAAGAUUUACUUGAAGAAAUAGAGAAAACUAAAAAUGACCUAGCAACUACCCAGAUGAAUUAUAAAAGCACUGAUCAAGAAUUCCAAGAUUUAAAAAAUCAUCUUGAAUUUGAGCAAAAGUAUAAGAUGGUCCUUGAGGAGAAUGCAAGAAUGAAUCAGGAAAUAGGAAAUCUCUCUAAACAAGCUCAAAAACUUGGUUUAAGUUCUGAUGCUUUGAGCACAGAGCUUUGUCCGAAAACCAAAGAACUUCAGCAGAAAGCAACCGAGAGUCAAGAAGUGUUAAAUGAAAUGGAAGAGCUAAAGGAACAAUUAGAAAGUAGAGAUUCUAGGCUGCAAACUGUAGAAAAGGAAAAAGCACUGAUUGCUGAGCAACUUCAGCAAACCUUGGUGGAAAUAAGAACCUUAACCCAAGAAAGGGAUGACCUAAAACAACUCCAGGAGAGCCUGCAAAUUGAGAGGGACCAACUCAAAAGUGACAUUCAGGAUACUGUAAACAUGAAUAUAGACACCCAGGAACAAUUACGAAAUGCUCUUGAGUCUUUGAAACAACACCAAGAAACAAUCAACACACUAAAAAUGAGAAUUUCUGAGGAAACUUCCAGGAAUUUGCAUACGGAGGAAAACUUAGGAGAAACUAAAGAUGAAUUCCAGGAAAAGAUGGCUGACACAGAUAAAAAACAGAAUUUGAAAGCCAAAAAUACUCAAGCACUGAUUGCAAAUGUUGAAGAUAAUGAGCUAACUGAGCAACAGAGAAAGAUAUUUUCUUUAAUACAGGAGAAAAAUGAACUGCAACAAAUGUUAGAGAGUAUUACAGCAGAAAAGGAACAAUUGAAGACUGACCUAAGGGAAAAUAUUGAAAUGAUGAUUGAAAACCAAGAAGAAUUAAGAAUUCUUGGAGGUGAACUUAAAAGGCAACAAGAGAUAAUUACACAAGAAAAGAACCAUACCAUGAAGAAAGAGGAAGAGCUUUCUAGGACCUGUGAGAAAUUGGCAGAAGUUGAAGAAAAGCUAAAGGAAAAGAGCCAACAACUACAAGAAAAACAGCUAAAGCUUCUUAGUGUACAAGAAGAGAUGAGUGUGAUGCAGAAAAAGAUGAGUGAAAUGGAGAAUGUAAAGAAUGGAUUAAGAAGCCAAGAAUUAACAUUGGAACAUAUGGAAAUGGAGAGGCUAGAGUUGGCUCAGAAGCUCCACGAAAAUUAUGAGGAACUGAAAUCCAUAACCAAGGAAAGAAAUGAUCUAAAAGAAUUACAGGAAUCAUUUGACAUAGAGAGAGAGAAACUUCAAGAUUACAUAAGAGAACUCGAAGUUACGGGUCUAGAAACAAAAGAAGAACUAAAAAUUGCUCACGUGCAUCUCAAAGAACAACAAGAAACUAUUGAUGAACUAAGAAGAAACAUUUCUGAGAAGACAGCUCAAAUGAUAAAUAUUCAGAAUGGCUUAGAAAAAUCCAAUACUGAAUUACAAGAAAAGAUCCCAGUGCUUCAUGAGGAACAGGAACUACUGCCUAAUGUGAAAGAAGUCAGUAGUACUCAGGAAACAGGGGAUGAACUGGAACUAUCAAGGAAACAAUCCAAAACCAAGGAUUCAAUGACCCCUGCAUGCAUAGAAAUGGAAAAGCUUGGGUUGACUGAAAAACUUCCAGAAAGUCAUGAUGAAAUAAAAUCUCUAACUGAUGAAAGAGACAACCUUAGAAUGAGAAAAGAAGCAGUUCGGGCUGGACAAGACCAGUUGAAAGAAGACGUUAGAGAAACUUUGACUAAAAUCCGAGAGGCUCAAGACAAACAAGAACGGUCCUUCAAUAUGGAAGAAAAAGACGGCGCACCUGAGAAAAUGAUGAGCGAGAUGGAGCAACUGAAGGAGCAGCUCAAAGCCGCAGAGUCAGCCCUGCAAAGAAUGGACGUGGAAAAGCUCGAGAUGUCUGAGAGGCUUCAGGAAAGUCAUGAUGAACUGAAAUGUAUAACUAAGGAGAGAGACAACACACAAAGGCUGCAAGAAGUUCUUCAGUCCGAAAGCAACCAGCUCAAAGAAAACAUGAGGGAAAUCAUAGCUAAGCACCUGGAAACUGAAGAGGAACUGAAAGUUGCUCAUCGUCACAUGAAAGAACAGGAGGAAACUAUUGAGAAGCUAAGAGUGAAUCUUUCUGAGACGGAAAAUGAGCUGUCCAGCCUUCAAAAAGAAUUAGAAAUAACUAAUGAUGAAUUACAGAAAAAGAUCCAAGAGCUUCAUGCGAAACAGGAACAAUUUAUUACCACCAAAGAAAUCAGUGAGACUCAGGAGAAAAUGAGUGCACUGGAGCAAUUAAAGGAACAACUCAAAGUCAAAGAUUCAUCACUACAAAGUAUAGAAAGCGAGAGGCUCCAGUUGACCGAGAAACUUAAGGAAAGUCAAGAUAAAAUAAAAAUUAUAAUUAAGGAAAGAGAUGAACUGAAAAGGAUGCAGGAGGCCCUUCAAAUGGAGAGAGACCAACUCAAAAAAAACAUUCAAGAAAUUGUAACUGAAGAGUACCAGGAAACCAUUAGUACAAGGACUUUUUCAAAGAAGACAGAUCAAGAAGCAAAUAUUCAGAAAGAUUUAGAAAAUUCAGAUGCUGUAUCACAAGAAAAGAUGCAAGAACUUCAGCAAAAAGAACAUCAGCUUCUUAAGAUGAAGCCUGUCAAUGAGACUCAGGAAAAAAUGUGUGAAAUAGAAUACUUGAAGAACCAAUUUGAGGCCCAAAAGUCAACUCUGGAAAAUAUAGAAAAGGAGAAUGUAAGGUUAACUCAGAGACUUCACGAAAACCUUGAAGAAAUGAGAUCUGUUAUGAAAGAAAGAGAUGAUCUUAGGAGUGUAGAGGAGACUCUCAAAGUAGAGAGAGACCAGCUCCAGGAAAACCUGAGAGAAACCGUAAUGAGAGACCUGGAAAAACAAGAGGAACUAAGAAUUGCUCACAUGCAUGUGAAAGAACACCAGGAAACUAUUGAUAAACUCCAGGACAUUAUUUCUGAGAAAACAGAUGAAAUAUCAAAUAUGCAAACGGAUUUAGAAAACACAGAUACUGCCUUAAAAGUACAGAUCCAAGAACUUCAGGAGAAAGAACGUCAACUUCUUAAGGUAAAAAAUGAUCUCAGAGAAAAUAUGUAUCAAGCAGAGCAAUUGCAGAAGCAGUUAGAGACCCAGAAUUCAACCCUGGAAAGUGUCGAAACUGAGAAGUUAAGGCUGAGUCAGAAACUUCAUGAAAACCUUGAAGAAAUAAGAUGUGUUACUGAGGAGAGAGAUGGCCUAAGAAGAGCAGAGGGAACCCUUAGAAUGGAGCGAGACCAGCUCAGAGAACGCCUCAGAGAAAAAGAGGCUAAAGACCUAGAAAAACAAGAGGAACUAAGAAUUGCUCACAUGCAUGUGAAAGAGCACCAGGAGACUAUUGAUAAACUCCGGGGCAUUGUUUCUGAGAAGACAGAUGAAAUAUCAAAUAUGCAAAUGGAUUUAGAAAAUUCAAACGCUAAAUUACAAGAAAAGAUUCAGCAACUUAAGGCAAAUGAACAUCAACUUUUUAAGUUAAAGGAAGAUGUCAGUGAGACACAGAAAAAAAUGUCUGAAAUAGAGCGAUUAAAGAAACAAUUCAAGGACCAAAGUUUAACUCUGGAUAAAAUAGAAAUGGAGAACUUAAAUUUGGCCCAGCAGCUUCAUGAAAACCUUGAAGAAAUGAAAUCUAUAAUGAAAGAAAGAGAUAAUCUGAAAUUGGAGAGAGACCAGCUCAAGGAAGACCUACAGAAAACUAUAGCUAGAGACCAACAGAACCAUAAAGAGGUAGUAAAAUAUGAAAAAAAGUUACCAUGUAAUGGGAAACACCACCUCACAGAAAGCCUGAGAGACAAGUGCUCUAGGAUAAAAGAGCUUCUGAAGAGAUACUCAGAGAUGUAUAAUCAUUAUGAGUGCUUAGAUAGACUAUCCCUGGACUUGGAGAAGGAAGUUGAAACCCAAAAAGAGCUUUCAAUUAGAGUGAGAGCAAACCUCUCACUUCCGUAUCCACAAAUCAAACAAAUUCAAAAACUUCUUACUGCAAACCAGAGAUGUUCAAUGGAAUUCCACAGAGUCAUGAAGAAACUUCAGUAUGUGUUAAGCCAUGUUACAAAGAUAAAGGAAGAACACCAUGAAUCCAUCAAUAAAUUUGAAGUGUUUUUUAUUGAUGAAGUGGAAAAGCAAAAUGAACUGCUAAUUAAAAUACAACACCUUCAACAAGAUUAUGAUGUGCCAUCCAGAGAAUUAACAGACCUUAAAUUGAGCCAGAAUAUGGAUCUACAUAUUGAGGAAAUUCUCAAAGAUCUUUCAGAAAAUGACUUCCACUGCAUAAAGGCUGAAUUCCAACAAGUGCUAAGUAAUAGGAAAGAAAUGACCCAGUUUUUGGAAGAAUGGUUGAAUACUCAUUUUGAUACAGAAAAGCUUAAAAAUGGCAUCCAGAAAGAAAAUGAUAGGAUUUGUCAAGUGAAUAACUUCUAUAAUAACAAGAUAAUUGCUAUAAUGAAUGAAUCUACAGAGUUUGAAGAAAGAAAUGCUACCAUAACUAAAGAAUGGGAACAUGACCUGAAAUCAGUGAAAGAGAAAAAUGAACAACUAUUUAAAAACUACCAAACUUUGAAGAUCUCCCUGACAUCUGGUGUCCUUGUUAAUGCUGUUACAGAAGACAAUAAGAAUCUUCAUGUUACAUCAAGAGCCACACAAUUAACCACAGAGAAAAUUCAGGAGUUGGAAACUUCACUGCGUGAAGCUAAAGAAAGUGCUAUGCACAAGGAAAGCAAGAUUAUAAAGCUGCAGAAAGAACUUGAGGUGACUAAUGACCUAGUAGCAAAACUUCAAGCACAAGUUAAUGAAUCAAAUAAAUGCCUUGAAAAGACUAAAGAAAUGAUCCAAGUACUUCAGGACAAAGUUGCUUUAGGAGCUAAGCCCUACAAAGAAGAAAUUGAAGAUCUCAAAACAAAGCUGGUAAAAAUAGACCUAGAGAAGAUGAAAACUGCCAAAGAGUUUGAAAAAGAAAUUACUUCUACAAAAGCCACUGUAGAAUAUCAAAAAGAAGUUAUAAGGGUAUUGAGAGAAAAUCUUAGAAGAAAUCAACAAGCGCAAGAUACCUCACUUGUAUCAGAAUGUACAGACUCUCAGCCUUCUAAUAAACCCUUAACCUGUGGAGGUGGCAGUGGCAUCGUACAAAGCACAAAAGCUCUUAUUUUUAAAAGUGAAUAUAUACGGCUAGAAAAAGAAAUCUCUAAGUUAAAGCAGCAAAAUGAACAGCUAAUAAAGCAAAAAAAUGAACUAUUAAGCAAUAAUCAUCAUCUUUCCAGUGAGGUCAAAACGUGGAAGGAAAGAAUCCUUAAAAGAGAGGCACACAAAGAAGUUAAUUGUGAGAAUUCUCCACAGUCUCCUAAAAUGACUAGAACAGCUUCCAAAAAGAAGCCACAUACACCUUCUCAAUGCAAGGAACGGAAUUUACAAGAUCCCGUGCAAAGGGAAUCACCAAAAUCUUCAUUUUUCGAUAGCCGAUCAAAGUCUUUACCAACACCUCAACCAGUUCGCUAUUUUGAUAACUCGGGUUUAGGCCUUUGCCCAGAAGAACAAACUGCUGGAGCAGAGAGAGUGGGUCCUCAGCCAAGUCUUUGGCACACCUCCUCAAGAAAAGAUAUGCCUGAGUGCAAGACCCAGUAGGCUCCUCUACUGUCACUUUCCUGGGGGCCCAGCGUUUCCUGCUGAGAAAUGACUGUGCUUUUACGUUAUGUGCCUAUCCCUGGCAAUGUUACCACAGUCCAACGUAAUUUCAGUUCAGUUUUCACUUUGCCACUAGAAUUGGAAGAUGAAGGAACAGGAGAUUAAUGCAUUCCAAUAAUUUGGAAUGACUGAUAGCAAAACCUCCUUGAAUGUGGUAAUACUUUAGAAAUUGAAUUGUUUUAUUUAUUUAUAUAUUUUAUAAAGAAUAAAAUUACUGAAGGAAAUUUCCAGUCUUUCCAUGCAUAUACAAAAUGUAUUCAUCUUUAUUAAUGUAAUGUUUUACACAUGACUUAGGUAAUUCUAAGGCCUAAUACAUAAAGUGUCAUUUAAUUAACAUUAUGAACUACUUUUUAAGUGCCUUGAACAUUGAAUAAAUGUUUAAUUAGUGGUUCUGAAUCACAA